AUGUCACCACUACCAAACCCUCUCCACCUGCCAACAGAUUCCCAGAUUUCAUCAGCCGAUCGGUUCGCUUCCCCGGUUCACUCUCCAGUUUCGCCAGUCUACAAAUCAACUAGAUCUUCGACGCGGUCUUCACUCGCCAGGCAGCUUGAUGAUGUAGAAGACAAGCCAAAGAGUCCAGCGCAUUCCAAAGACGGCAAAGAUGGCAAAGACGGUGGAGGGCUAUCCCCAGCCUUUGCUAAACCAAGACAGUCGUCCAGAGAUCAAACUAAGCCUUCUAAGAAAGCUGCAUCUCCCCUAAAGCGGGAGCUACGUCCAAGGGGACACAUCAACUCGAAAGGCGCGGUUCGAAAAGCUGGACGAGCAGCCAAGGUAGUGCCAGCCAAGACAGUGCCAGCGCAGCGCAAAGGCAGACCCGCGAAGAAAUCUAAGGAAUCCAAAGCCACCGUAAGUGCUCAAGCGGCGGAUCGAAAUGAGUGGGAAGUGGAGAAAAUCGUCGACUCCAGGAUUGAAGAGGAGACAUUGCAACACUUCUUUAGGGUUAAGUGGAAGGGCUUCAGCGACAAGCAUAACACGUGGGAGCCAAAGAAGAACCUGGCCAAUUGCAAGGGCCUAGUUGAUGCCUAUGAGAAAAAGGCAGGAAAACAAUGA